GCUCCAUGCUUUAAAUUUCUGUCCAGAGAGGUCCUGUUUUGAUCCUCGAUUGGUCUCACGCAGUCAAGUGAUGCGAUUUCGCAGGUCAGAAUUCACCAAGCUUGAACUUUGCACUGCAGUGACAUGCGAAACUUAACGCAUGACCCUGCGUUUCCGGUCUGACGCAUUCGCGUGCGUAUGAAUGGAAGUCUAUGGAAGGAAAAGUCAAGUGUGACCGCACCUUAAAGCAUAAACACAUAGCUAAUGAAUUUUGUAUAAUUCACCUUGUUUUGUUUUAUAAAAUAACACUGAAACGCCUGUUGUUCUCUGCUUCGCCGGCGAGAGCGCAAGAGUAUUUGGCACAGCGGUCCAAUCACGAGCACCCAGCUGGAGUGACGUCACUUCCGUGACAAUAGGGUCAGCGUGACAGAUUUAUCAACAAUAACAAGAGCGACACGGAGCAGCGGCGACAGACAGUGCGAGACUUGUAGAGAAAUGACGUGGUUAAAUUGACGGCCAGGAGUUUGUGUGAAUAACGCCGUCGCGAGUCUCACGGAGGAGCUGCUCAUUCAAUACUGCUGUUAUCUCUGAAAAGUGUUGUGAAGACGAAGAGCAGGUCCCGGUCUCUUUACUGGUGUGCAGAGACGUUUUUCCAUCGAACCUUGACACUCAAUGGACCAAUAAGGUUGUGCAGUAAAAGUAAAGUUUAUUGUUUUAUGACAAAGUUGUGAAUGUGGACCUGUGAAGCCAAAUCGCAGAGCAGCUGCAUAAAGUGCGUGUUGUGGGAGAGCGCAAUGGACUCUUCGGAGAUAGAAGGCCGCACUUUUAUGCAGGCGAUCAGUGAGAAGUACAGUCCGGAGAACUUUCCUUGCCGUCGGGGUCCAGGGUUGGGGGUCGUGGUUGUGCCAUCUGGACCACAGGGAUCACCGAUGAAAGACCGCCUGAACCUCCCCAGCGUGCUGGUCUUGAACGGCUGUGGAAUCAGUCAUGCAGGAGACCAGGGGGAAAUCGCUGCCUUCUGUGCUCAUGUAGUAGAACUUGAUCUGUCCCACAACAAGCUCCAAGACUGGCACGAGAUCAGCAAGAUUGUUUCCAACGUCCCGAACCUGGAGUUCUUGAACCUCAGCUCUAAUCAGCUGAGUGAUGCAGCCUUGGAUCCGGACUGUGCUAAGGCCUUUUCUAGCAUCCGCAGAUUCGUUCUUAACAAUACCCAAGUGUCCUGGGACACAGUGCAUACUUUCACGCAAGAGAUGCCCGAGCUAGAGGAGCUGUUUCUGUGCCUUAAUGAGUACACCACUGUGACCCUGGCCGCCAUGCCCUGCCCCACACUGCGUCUGCUCCACAUCACAGAUAACAACCUCCACGAGUGGAAUGAAGUACGGAAGAUUGGCUCUAUGUUCCCUGCACUGGACACGCUGGUCAUGGCCAACAACAACCUGAACAGCAUUCAGGAGUCAGGAGAAAUCCUUCACCGCCUUUUUCCCAAUCUUCGAAGCAUCAAUCUGCAUAACUCAGGACUUAAUCGAUGGGAGGACAUUGAGAACCUAACCUUUCUGCCUAAGCUGGAAGAGGUGAGGUUGCAAGGCAUUCCUCUACUGCAGACUUACACAAGCACGGAGCGGCGCAGUCUAAUGAUAGCCCAGCUGCCAUCAGUGACCAGUCUGAAUGGGAGUGUGGUGACGGAUGGUGAGAGAGAGGAUGCUGAGAGAUUCUUUAUCCGCUAUCACUUGGAUCAUUCUGAAGAAGAACUGCCUCACAGAUAUCACUGUUUGGUGACCAAAUAUGGGAAACUGGCUCCUCUGGCUGAGAUCGACCUGAGACCGCGUUGCCACGCCAAAGUAGAGGUGCGCUUUGAAGACAAAGUGGAGCAGGUGAGCAUCCGUUUGGACCAGACCGUGGCUGAACUGAAGAAGCAGCUGAAGACUGUAGUACAGCUUCCUACCAACAACAUGCGCCUUUACUACAUAGACAAGGGCACUGCCUAUGGCCCCGAUGAGCUCAAAUACAGUGCACGGGCCUUGCACUCCUACAGCAUUCAAGAUGGGGAUGAGAUCCUGGUAGUUCCAAAAUCAAAAUAACCAAUUUUGUUUUUCCUCCACCACCAGGAACACAGAAAGCUACAUUUAAAUAACCAAAUCCACUUUGGACUAGUGCUGUCUAUGCUCCACAGAGUGAAUGGGACUGUCUUUCAGGGAAAAAAAAAACAUUUAAGGAGUUGCUGGAGCUUAUGUCACGUAUCACAUAGGAACCACCAUGACUUGUGUACACCUCUGGAUUGUUGCCAGUAGUAAAGGUUUUAUUUUUGACUUCAUAAGCACCCCAGUGUUUUCAAAGGCCCGUUUCUUUAAGAGUAAAGCACAGUGGAAAGAUGUGCGUUUUAUUGUUCUUAAGACAAUCACCCAUAGCUGACAGAAAAUGUUGCACUGCACUGAUGUCUUAAAGAAGAAAUGGUGGAAGCCCAUUGCCUGCUGAUGUGUGUCGUAUGCUGUGUCAGCCAUUUAUUACAUGCAAAAGACUCUCAGGCCUUAUAUUCUGUAUAGGCAGUGCUAGCUUCACAUGAAGAAAGAUUCACAAAAGUUUUUAAUAUCCAGUUCAUUUAAGACAGUUUUUUUUAAACUCUGGUGGUUCCAGAAGGAAAAUAUGAGCCGUGUGCAUCUGCUGUGUAAUUGUGAUUUUCUUUGGUUUCUGUUCAAUGUGUGUGUGUGUGUGUGUGUGUGUGUGUGUGUGUGUGUGUGUGUGUGUGUGUGUGUGUGUGUGUGUGUUUUCUUUUGUUUUAGAUGUGGUCACUCAAACUCAUACCUCCAAGUCAAAACACCAACUGCUUAUUCCAAUUUUACUUGUGUUUCCAUAUAUUUUAGGGAGUUUGUUGAUGUGUGGAUGUGUGUUUUAUCCUCAAAAAAUGUUCUAUUUAAGUGACAAAGACCCUGUUUCCACCUGGUAUUAGCAAAAACGUUGAGAUGCGUCUCCUGUGACUGUUUAUUUAUGGAUUUUAUCAAGUCCCAUGUCUUUUGUUUUAUCACUCUCUUCAUAAUGGAAGAUAAACUAACCAUGUUAUUUGGCUUAUGAGGGAGUCAUUUCAUUUAAGGUAUAAUCUGUGUGUUUUGGUACAACGCAGAGAAGUAUGAAUACCUUGUUUUCUCAAAACCAUUAGCAAAAUACUGGUCAAUUUAAAUGCCUUCAAUUAAAUGAAACAUCAAAACAUUUCACACCAAUUUACAGCAGAGUUUAGUAUUUUCCACCACUUGUUGAUCUAAUUGACAAACACAAAUAUUUUGGGUUGUUCACAAUUGGCAGGCUUAGUUUAAUGAAGAUUUGGUGAGAUUGCUGAUUGUUUGCCGUUCUUUUAAAAAUUUUUUAUAUUUUACAUAUAAACCUUGAGGUUAUACAGUGGCUCAGUUGUUACCACUGUCGCCUCACAGCAAGAAGGUCGCUGGUUCGAGUCCCGGCUGGGUCAGUUGGCAUUUCUGUGUGGAGGUUCCCCGUGUUGACGUUGGUUUCCUCCGGGUGCUCCGGUUAUAGGACAAUUGAAUAAACUAAAUUGGCUGUAGUGUAUGUGUGUGAAAUGAGGUUGUAUAGAUGUUUCCCAGUAUUGGGUUGCAGCUGGAAGGGCAACCUCUGUGUAAAACAUAUGCUGGGUAAGUUGGCUGUUCAUUCCGCUGUGGUGACCCCUGAUAAAUAAAGGCACUAAGCCGAAGGGAAAUGAAUGACUGAAUGAAAUUGGUCAUAGUGUAUGUGUGUGAAUGAGUGUGUAUGGAUGUUUCCCAGUACUGGGUUGCAGCUGGAAGGGGAUACGCUGUUUAAAACAUAUGCUGGAUAAGUUGGUGGUUCAUUCCGCUGUGGCGACCUCUGAUCAAUAAAGGGACUAAGCUGAAGGAAAAUGAAUGAAUGAAUACCAACCUUGGAGUGCAUCUGACUGCAAAUAACACUGAGGCAGUUAGACUAAAAUAAAUACUCAACAGCUCUGUCCAGACAUCUAAACGAAUCAAAAACAGGAUAUGAUGUCACAAAAAGCAACAAUAUGUUCAAUCAUACCUGUUUAUUUUGCUGUCAUCGUACUUAGCAAUUAGUUGUUAGCAUUUAAUAGUUAGCAUCGUAGCAAUUUUGGCCAUUGCAGUUCAACCUCUAGGUGCUGUUUUGGCUUCUUUACACAUUUUAUAAGCUCUGCACAAGUUCAAAGCUGCUAAAAAUGAUCAUAUUUAGGUUUGAUUUAAAUAACGACUUUGUGAAUGCUGAAGUGGAAUAAAUAUGCUUUUUUUUUUUUUUUUUGGUUAGGACCAAAUGAGCCAGGAGAACCAAAAUACAAGUUUGAAAACAUCCUAAAUACCAGGUGAAAAUAGGACAAAAGUCCACACUAAAUAUUAAUAUUAUUAAAAUUAAUAGUGUAUUUUGUAGAUUUACUGAUUGAUUUCAUUUUGUUAAAAGCAAAACAAAUCAGUAGCAAGCUAGUAAUGGUGUACGACUGUAUCCAGCUAGUAUAAUAUAACCAGGAAAUUGGCUCCGGUAUUAAAUUAAAGCCAUAGUUCACUCAAAAAUGAAAAUCCUUUCGUCAUUCACUCAUGUCAUUCCAAACCUUUGUAACUUUCUUUUCUUUUAUAGAUUUAGCAACUAUUGAGAAAUAUACUGAGUUUUCUUUUUUCGUCAGUACAAUGGAUGUCUGUAACCAAAACUGUUUGACUACCAACAUUCUUCAAAAUAUCUUCUUUUGUGUCGUGCAGAUAAACAGCUAUACCAGUUUCGAGUGAUAUGAGGGUGAGUUAAUAUAUCAGAAUUGUAAUUUCUGUGUGAUCUAUCACUUUUUGAUACUGGAGCUUGAACAUUUGUUGUAAUGUGCAAUUAACGACUGUUUCUUUAUGGUGCAGAAGGGUGUAGGUUUAUUUGACAUAAACCAGCAAGUUAUUUACUCAUUCCCUCAAAUCACUGCAUGCACCAUCUCAUUUGCUUUUAAAAAAACAAACCAGUUUUUUGGAUUUUAUUCA